AUGGAGAGUUCGUUAUCUGUGGGGUCAUCUGACGGCCCUUCGCAAACAUUUGCAUGUCGUUAUAAGCUACCUCUACCUGGCGGGUGUCUCUGCAGUGUCUCAUUAGAAGGAGACACUUUUUUGUCUCCUUCUCUUUUGUCUCCUCAUUUCUUCUUCUCUUUUACUGCUAAUAAUACUGGAUAUAAUGAGGGACAUCUUCUUUGCUUUGAGGAAGACACACAGGAGACAACAGCAAUAUUAACUCUUGCUGCUCCUGCUGCUGCUGCUGCUGCUGCUCCUGUCUCUAUUAAGAAGACACAAGAAGGAGAAGCAGAUGUCUCUCUUUUUGUUGCCACCAAUAUACUACGCCCUUCUCUUGCCCUAUGGAGGGCAACAGCAGCACUAAAGGAGACAGACGACAGCAGCAGCAGCAGCAGCAGCAGCAGCAACGGCACCAGCACCAACGGCAGCAGCAGCAGCAGCAGCAGCAGCAGCAAGGGGAGCUUCGUUGUGUGCGAAGAGUUGCAGCCAAUUGUCCCCUUUGAUUGCAUUGGGGCUGCUGCAGGAGCAGCAAAUGGCAUGCGAGGCAGCAGCAUGGAAUCCCCACGACCCAAACAUGGGACGGAUGGAUGUUUAAAGGUUCAUUGGAUGGAGCAGGCGUUGGCUGUGCGUCUGCCAGGUGUAUGUACACCUCAACAGCAGCAGCAGCAGCAGCAGCAGCAGCAGGGUUUAUCACAAGAACAAGGGUUAGCAGCAGGAGCUGCAUGUACACCCGAAGAAAAGACACAAACAACAGCAACACAAGAUCGUCUCCUUUGUGUUGAUGAAUCUAGUGAUGACUCUGUGUGCAGUAUAAGUUGGUCAUUAAGUGACGCGUGGGUCUUUGCAUCGAUGAGUUUUGAUGGAUUUGUUUCUAUUCAUCAAAUUCCUUCACAAGAAAAAUAUAAAAUAUUAUUAUAA